AUGUCGUCGCUUAACCCUGCUGCAAAGACGCUAUAUUACAGGAUUACACAACAUCGCUCAAGCAUAGGUGUGCCCGUGAAAACACGAGCGGUGCUCCAAGCUUUUGGCCUCAAGCGAAGAAAUCAGGUGGUGUAUGCAAAAGUGUCACCAUCAUCUGCUAGUUCUUUAACAAAGAUCAAGGAAUUGGUUAAAGUAGAGCUUUCAGAGGAGAAAAAGACAAAAGAGGAGGUAAAUCAAGAAAGGAAGUUUGCUAAAGGAUUCGAAGUGAUCAAAAAUGGGACACUGAAGGUGUACGAUUAA